CAGCCACCAUGUGCCAAUCACCACUUCACGACUUCCUCGCCGAGCUGCCCAAGUGCGAGCACCACCUCCAUCUCGAAGGAUGUCUAUCGCCCGCCUUGGUCUUCAAGCUCGCCGCUAAGAACAAUAUCUCACUGCCGACACCAGAGGAGAAUCCCAUCUAUGAGUCUGUCGAGACACUGUCUAAGCGUUAUGAACACUUCGACAACCUGCAAGAUUUCCUCGAUUGUUACUAUCGCGCCCUCGACGUCGUGAUCACGCAGGAGGAUUUCGAGAUGCUAGGGUGGGAAUACUUCACUACAGCGCAUAGGGAUGGAGUGAAACAUGCAGAGGUCUUCUUUGACCCGCAAAGUCACACAGAAAGGGGUAUCGCAUUUAAGACGGUGGUAGACGGGUUUAAUGCAGCCUGUGUGCGGGCCGAGAAAGAGCUUGGCAUCACAAGCCAACUUAUCAUGUGCUUCCUGCGCCAUCUCCCCGCGAAAGAUGCAGCGGAAACAAUGAAGUCAGCUGUAUCGGGGGGCUACUUUGAAGGUGAACAACGCAUCAUCUCUGGGCUUGGGUUGGACUCAUCGGAAGUCGGCUUCCGGCCAGAACUCUUUACCGAACAAUACCUCCAAGGCGAGAAGCUGGGACUUCACAGAACUGCACAUGCUGGUGAGGAAGGCGAUACAACAUACAUCAGCGGCGCACUUGACUCCCUACGCGCGGAGCGCAUUGACCACGGCAUCCGGCUCACAGAGGACCCCGCGUUGAUGCAACGCAUUGUAAACGAGAAGAUCCUGUUGACAGUUUGUCCGCUGAGCAAUGUCUGCCUACAGGCCGUCAAGGAAGUUAGCCAAGUGCCUAUCAAAACUUUCCUCGAUGCUGGAGUGAAAUUCAGCAUCAACAGCGACGAUCCGGCGUACUUUGGGGGCUACAUCCUCAACAACUACUGCGCCGUGCAGAAGGCUUUCGACUUGAGCAAGGAAGAAUGGAGCACUAUCGUCAAGAACUCGAUACAUGGGAGCUGGAUCGGAGAAAAACGGAAAGGGGAACUAUUGGGCUUGCUUGAGGAGUGUCUGAGCAAGCAUGCGUGAAGCCGGACUGUGCAAAACCACAAAGAAAUGCGGGUAGGCUUGGAACAGGGACUGUUGCGAGCAGUAUUGAAGGAUCAAUAGAUGAGAAUGGUUCUUAGCAGGAGAUAUUACUGCAUCAAAUCACUCCAACGAAUAUUCUUGCGCCCGCAAGAACUUCUCCAACCCCCUCAAUUCACCUUUUGACUGUUUCCUUGC